AGUACGCGCAUGCGCGGUGUAGACACACGUGUCUGAGCUUAAAGUUACUGUAGAGGCUCGCAGUUUUUAUUUUAUUUUAUGUUUUGUACCCCGUAAUGUUUAUGUUUAGUUCUAAGUUUUAGAAUUGGGCACGAUUUAAGUGUUUGAUCUAAAAAGAUUUAAAAAAACGUAACGACAGAUUUUUUUCUUCACUGAUCCAAUGCAGAAAUACGUUUACUCUUAGUGGAGGAGCUUUAUAAACUGUGAAGCAGCUUUAUUUACAGUUUCCUCUCUAAAGAUGUCCAGCCUUGCUGCCAAAUACGAGUACCUGGAAAAGUUUACCCGGAAAAAGUGGCAUUCUGAGGAUCAGAAGCCCAAGACAAGAGGCUAUGUUCCAUUUCGAGGCAAAGGUGACCGUGAAGGUGGCCCACCCAAGAAGAAGCAAAAGAACAACCAGGAACCUAGAAAAGGACAUAAUAUGAACACAAAUUACAGGAAGCCAACUCCAAAGAGUAUUCAUAAACCAACACAGAAGCAAAGCAGUACAACUCUACAGAAUGCUGCCCAGAUCAAAGUUCAGCAUGGGGAACAAGUAAAGGUGCAGCAGAAAACUGAAGGUAUAAAGUCUGAAGAGUUUAGUACGGUGGAUAUUUUAAGGAAAAGACUUCAUGAGAAGAUUGAGGCAUCUCGAGGACAGACAAACAUGUCCCGCCAAUUGCAUGCACGAAGGCUUGAGAACACGGACAAGAAUGUGUGGGUGGAAUUUGUACAGCUAGCUGCUGAGUAUAAUGUAGUGAACUUGGGUCAGGGAUUCCCUGACUUUUCUCCUCCCAGCUUCCUCUUGGAGUAUCUCUACAAUGCCAUCAAAGGAGGAUCUUCCAUGCACCAGUACACACGUGUCUUUGGCCAUCCACCUCUUGUCAAGAGCCUUGCCAAAUUCUAUGGGAGGAUUUUGGCCCGUGAAAUAGAUCCCAUGCAGGAGAUACUGGUCUCUGUGGGAGCCUAUGGGGCCCUUUUCUGUGCCUUUCAAGCUCUGAUUGAUGAGGGUGAUGAAGUGAUCAUUGUGGAGCCUUUCUUUGACUGCUAUGAAUCCAUGACAUUAAUGGCAGGAGGAAAACCAGUCUAUAUCCCCUUGAAGCCUCAAAAGGUUACUGGUCCAACUGUGUCUAGUGCUGACUGGGUAUUAUGUCCUGAAGAGUUGGGCAGUAAAUUUAACUCCCGUACAAAGGCCAUCGUCAUUAACACUCCCAAUAAUCCAUUAGGCAAGGUCUUUCAGAGGGAAGAGCUGCAGAUGAUAGCUGACCUGUGUAUAAAGCAUGAUGUUAUUUGCUUCAGUGAUGAGGUGUAUGAGUGGCUUACAUAUGAUGGAGCACAACACAUUAAAAUGUCAAGUCUCCCAGAUAUGUGGGAGCGUACCAUCACUAUUGGCAGUGCAGGCAAGUGCUUCAGUGCGACAGGAUGGAAGGUGGGCUGGGCAAUGGGGCCAGGACACCUACUGAAACACCUAUGUACUGUCCAUCAGAACUCCUUAUACCACUGUCCCACUCUUAGUCAGGAGGCUUUUGCUGCGGCUUUUGAGAGGGAAUAUGAAUUGUUUGGCACAGAGGAAAGCUACUUCAAACAGCUACCUAAACAGCUCCAGGCCAAACGGCUCAGCCUAGUGGAGUGUCUGAAGAGCAUAGGGCUGCAACCCUUCAUGCCCGAGGGUGGCUACUUCAUAAUGGCAGACAUCUCCUCCCUGAAAGUUGACCUGAAUGACGCAAGCUCCAAGGACGAACCCUACGACUAUAGAUUUGUUAAGUGGCUUAUUAAAGAGAAGCGUUUGGGUACUAUCCCUGUAUCUGCAUUUUACAGUGCAGAAAGCAGAGCAGAUUUUCAGAAGUACGUUAGAUUCUGCUUUGUCAAGGAUGACUCCACCCUCAAAGCAGCUGAAGAUAUUCUAAGACGGUGGAAAGACCAAAAAUAGAUGGAAUAAUAUGAUUGUCCAAAAUGAGCUUUGAAAGUCACAUAUUUGCUCACACAUAGCAACUCAUUGCUCAUAGAGUAUAUGACCAUUUAGAAGAAUCUUAUUUGAACUGUGUUUAAAAUCAUGGAGAUAAAUGUUUGCCCAUGUUUUCCUUCUCCUCUAUCUGUAAAUUUAUUUUACUUGUAUGUUUGUCAGUCAAUCAUCUUUGACAAUACCCAGUUAAGUUGGUAACAAGUAAACCUCAGUGCAUGUGCUCACUUAAGUCACUCAACAAUUGUAGCUGGUUUUAUAAUCAUAGAAUUUAAUUGUUGUGAAAAACAUAAUUUAAAUGAUCAUUUGUUUUGUCUGUGAAAUACAGAUUUAAUGUGACUUUAGUCCUCCACCCUCAAUGAUUAUUAUUAAAUGACUGAUACAUGGUUA